AUGUUCAGGAAGCGAAAAAAUGUUCAGGAAGAGAGCUUAAGCAAAACUGAAACGAAUGUGAUGAAUAUGAAGCGACAAAAACCCCAGGAAAAGUUAAGCGAAAAUGAGACCAACAUCAAGGAAAGAGGCGAGACGCAAGACGCUGGAAUCUGGAGCAAUAAACAUCCUGCCGGGGGAUAUCGGCGGGUCGAGGGGGGAGAGCCAGUCAACCCAGCAUCGGAAGCAUCGUUCAGCAUUCACAGUCUGGGAGGGAAGGGAAAUCCCGACUCCUACUGCUCUUUGGAUACAGCCCAUGACAACCUCCUUAAGGAUGGAAAGCAAGGAACGUGGGGAGCGCUCAGUCCCAGCGUACAGAAAGGAAGCGGGCAGAUCCAGUUGUGGCAGUUCCUCUUGGAGCUGUUGUCCGACAGCGCCAAUGUCAACUGCAUCGCCUGGGAAGGAACCAAUGGUGAGUUCAAGCUGACCGACCCAGACGAGGUGGCCAGACGAUGGGGUGAGCGGAAGAGCAAGCCCAACAUGAACUAUGACAAGCUGAGCCGGGCUCUCCGCUACUAUUAUGACAAGAACAUCAUGACCAAGGUCCACGGGAAGCGCUACGCCUACAAGUUCGACUUCCACGGCCUGGCACAGGUAUGCCAGCCUUCUGUAGCUGAGCAUGCCCUCUACAAGUUCCAGAGUAACCUUGCCCACAUCCCCUUCUCUGAAAUUCCCAAACUCAACCUGGUGACGUCCAACGUUACCCCCUCGGGAUUCUCCUACUGGUCAGGGUCAACCCCCACCCUCUACCCAGGGCAUGGGCUGCAGGCCCCGACUCAUUUCAGCCCCGUGGGUGGGUCGCACCUCAGCAGCAUUGGUAACCUCACCAGCAUCAACAACCUCAAUGGCCACUAUCACUGA